AUGUUGCUAUGGAGACGGCCGUUUGGCGACUCUGCUGUUAACUUGCCCACUUUUUAAUCGAUCAACGGAGCAUAUCUACGGCAAUUUCUCGCUUGAUUUCCAAACCCGUAUGUAAUUUACAAGCUGAAAAUAAUUUACAACUAUCGAGAGGUUCAAAUACCACUUACCCAUCUGUGGCCACCUGUGGAAGAUGAACAGGACAGGAGACCGAAACCCAAAAGUUGUACUGAAAUUGCACCGAACUGUGAACCCAAAACUGAGGGAUGAAAAAUAUGCUGGAACCCCUAUUCCUGGGCAGCACGCCUUAAUCAGAUCCAUUAACACCAAACCAAAAUGCUUUCCUCCUCAUCCGGCAGAGGAAACAACCAAGAAGGUCGGAGUGGAGCAGUAUGGACCAAGAACCUUGCGGAGCCGCCGAGCUGCGUUCCCACAGUCCGAGGCUAUUCAGGAGAACCCCGGCACCCCUGAGGACCGCAAGGGGCCAUGCAGUGAGGUUCUCCAUGACUCUCGCAGGGCCCCCCUCCUGUUAUUUGCAGAGUUUCUAAAAUCAGUGAUGGAGAGAAAAUACAGCCUUGCGAGGAAACUUUGUCAAAUGAUUCUUAUUUAUGAGCCUGAGAACCCAGAGGCCAAACAAUUUAUUCCCCUCAUUGAAGCGAAGUUACUGAUGGAGCCGGAGGAAGACAUCGGCUUGCACACUAGCGACAGUGAUACUGAGAAUGAGGGGGAAUCUUUGGAACCUUCCAACUGCACCUGUUCAGACGAUCUGGAGGAAGAAGUUGAGGCAACUUCAUGAAGUGAUGAUCAGAUGUUUCUGAGCAAAGAAUUUAGACAUUUGGGCAGCAAUACUGCUGCUGCCGUCAUUACUGUUAAUAAACAUAGUAAAUUUUA